AUCGAGAAUCGCAGAUGGUUGAUCAUUAUUGCUUCAUCAAGCUUGUGAUUUAUAUUGAUAUCAGGCUUUUCAUUGAUUGAUAUUUGAUAAUCUAUUCACGAAUGUUAACAUGUCAAAUCCUCGAGUAAUGCUCCCUUUUAAACAUGGUCUCAGACUGUUAAAUCAAAGGUCGUUUCAUAUCACCCCGAGGUUAUUCGCUGUCAAUAUCAAACCUUCACGGAAGCAAAUAUUAGCAAAGAGAAAUGCUACUGAACCAGUGAUCAUACGGAAGAGGGUGCCAAUCAACACUCCUGAAGCUCUUCCACCGAUGUUUAUUCUUGAAACAGAUCAUAAAGCUGGAGUUCUAACUGUCGAACCUAAUAAAGCCAUGGAAUUCUUAAAGAACUACCAGAGUUUACAUGGAAAUCCGAACCAAGGUUGGGAGACUGGAAUUUGCAAUAAGCAUGGUAUCACGGCAUCUGAUGUGACACAAAUAUCUAUUUCCAUGGGGAGAUGCCGGGAACAAGCACAAAAACGUCUAGCAAGGGUGUUAUUAGAUUCAGCUUCAGCUAUGGGAGACCCGGCAGCCACGUUAGAGGUUGUGUCGGAAGCUUUUUAUAAUAACAAGCUCUACACAGCAAGGUUCACACCCUUUCUUGAACGUUUAGGUAUUUUGGCUAAGAGGGGGAGCAAUGUUCAAGCAAUGGGACUUCUUGGUCAAGUUCUAUACAGUCAAGGAAGGGAAAAGGAAGCUCGAGAUUGGUUGCAAAAAGCUGUUGCUGGAGAAAAGUCACCAAACUUUCCAGGGGCUGCAGAGGCACUCGUCGUACUUGGCUUGAUUUUAGAAAAGACUGAUAGAGUAGCUGCAAAAAAGUUGUUUAGCAAAGCAGCAUUAGACUUAGAUCAUCCAGCAGCAUUCUUCUAUCUUUCUAAACAUGUAGGUCCUGACGAAGAGGAUAAUAGGAUGGUUUAUUUACUCAAAGCGGCUGGUGCGGGUAUGCCUGAAGCAUGCCAUAAUCUUGGUUCUAUUGAAUUAUCUAAAAACGGUGACCAAGCGGACAAGAAGCCGUCAGAACGAGAUUAUGGUUAUGCCAAAGAGUGGUUUCAAGUCGCAGCUGAAAGCGGCUUUGGUUUGAGUAUGUUGAACAUGGCUUCAAUAUGUAAAUCUCAGGGUCAAACUGAGGAGGCUUUGAAAUGGCUGGAGCGGGCAGAAACCCUUCCCGAUAUCCAUGAUGAAGCAGUAAAGAUGAGAUCCAGCUUCGUUGUGGACUAAGGGCUCUUAGCUAGACCUACCAAUUAUCACUACAGCCUCUUUUGAAUAAAGCUCUACAAGAAGCAUGCGGAAGACGUUAUGGACUCAUGGUUUGCAAUGUACUUUUGUUCCUCCGCAGAAAUUUGACGUGGAUGUUCAAAAUCAGUGCAAGCAUCACUUUCAGUACUCGGCUGGUCGAGCUGAUACCUUAUGAGGAGGGGCAUAUUCCACGUCCGCGUGCGAUUAGGUUAGCUUUGCGUACUACGUUACAUUUGCUUGGAGGAAUGCAUUGAAAAAGCAGCUGGAUAAAGACAAAGCUGGCAAGUUGACGCCGAAGGCUCACUCUCGUCACUGUGUUACUUCCUAAAAAAUACAGUCUAUGGCAAGAUUAGUCUUCCUGUCAAACAAUUAGGAGCGACGAAUCAAUUCCGCGCAACCUUUGAAACCCUCUUGCAUGACAUAGAUGUGGUAGCUUAACUCUCGUAGUCGUAUGGUUCAAGUCAAGGGAGCCCAGCCACUUUACACUUCUUCACACAUAUUCUUGACGCUUCAUUAUUCAUUGAGUUUUUUUGACGUGUGAGUAUUGGCCUGGUCCAGAACUCAGUAAACACACAUUGCAAUAAACCUCAGUCGGGCUUAUUACAGAUGACAAAGAGAUAGACAGCCAUCACGUGUUGUCAGCGGAAACCGACCGCAACUCAACAAAUCCAUUCAGACGUUUCCCAUCUUAAGACAAUCAACGUGUUGUAAUUAUUUAUUUCUUGAUAUCUUAUUUUCCAUGUGAAGACUUAGUGUCAGAGAUGAGAAAGAUUCAAUAAUGUAGUUUAAAUGUGAAUUAUGGAUGAUGUACUUAGCAAAAUGUUACAUUGAUACUUAGA